UCUCCCCGUUAUCCUCACGCAAACUCCCUUGCGCCCUCAAAAGCAGCUCCAGCGCGUCUACAUCUAAACUAAAUCCCGACGAAGCUACAACCAGUAAUACAUCGCAGUCGCUGAAGUAGCAAAGCAGCAGCCAAGAUGCAGAUCAAAGUACGAACUCUCACCGGAAAGGAGAUCGAGCUCGACAUCGAAGCGGACUACAAGGUCUCCAGGAUAAAGGAGCGCGUCGAGGAGAAGGAAGGCAUCCCACCAGCACAGCAGCGUUUGAUCUAUGGAGGCAAGCAGAUGGCAGAUGACAAGACAGCAGCAGAGUACCAGCUCGAAGGUGGCGCUACGCUCCAUCUGGUACUUGCCCUCCGUGGCGGCUUCUGAUCCUUCUCCUAUACCUUGCUAUACAGUCCAUAUACAUCCGAGCUGAUUUUCAUAUCGAUGAGGUACUUUGGUGGAGAGACCCGGCCGUGGAACUGGGGCCUUGGGAUCAGUGACUGGAUGCCGAGGACGAAAGCGCUACCACCAGAUGGCCCAACGUGGAAAAACAUGUCAUGAAGUGGUGCGGGUUCCGUCACGCGCAGAACGCAUGCCUUCAUCCUUGGAAGCGGUGAG